GUUGGCAGCAAAAUCAAUGUAUACAGCUCUUCCUCUUCUCGGAUAGGGCAGGCUUUUGAUUGUAAUAUGUCGAUGAUGGUGGCUUCUCUUUCAUCAUUUCGGUGUGGGAGCCCGUAUGGAGCCUUCGUUUCUGCCCCGUCCACACGAUACUUUGGGGGAUAUGCUGCGUGUCGUCACGUCAAAGCCAGAGGAAAGAUGCCCGGAAUGCCGUACAGCCUUUCAGAAAGUCACGCAACAGAUGUUUCCUCACUGGUAGACGCGAACCCGAUUCGAGACACCGGCUUGGCUGGAAAAGAAACGCACAUGAUCAACCGGCAAGGUUUCGAUCAUUUUUGUCGCGCUGUCCUUGCAGAGGAUGCUAAGUUUGAGUUUUACAACUUACCGUUUCGAUGGCCGGCUACAGUUCUCUAUCGGUACGGGACGAGUGAAGAUUUAUGGCUGCCACUCGUUGUCAAGACAAGCGUCCGGCAGUCGCGUUAUCGAGAAAGCGUAGGGGAAGCCGAGUUUCGUUUCCGACUUCGCGCACAACAUGCACAUCGGUUUCCGCUAGUGUGUGUUGCCCCGACAAUUGGCACUUUCUUCACUGAGAACUUUCCUGGCGGAGCAAGCAGAUGGAUUUAUGGGAAAAUGAGAAGCCGGCGGCGGUUGAACAUGUUGUUUCGACAAUCUGCGGGGCUUUGCAGCGGUUCCCUGGCCGAGGUGCUGCAAAAGCAUUGGCUUGCGGCGUCUCCACUCGGACUUCACGACUGUUUCCUUGAUGUGUUAUCCGGCCCUGCUCUUGAGAACACCAGUGACUUUGCAAUUGCGCGCGCCCUGAUCUCCGCGGACCGGCUACUGUACAGGCGCAGCGGAGUACGGCUCUCAUUUCCGCCGCCUGACCCACGAAAAAUUGCCUGCAAUUCGCAUCUCGAUGGGUUGAAUGUGCUUCACAAGCUGGCGUCAUCGCCUCCAGAGUACCAGAACAAAAGAAAGCGGGUGAAGCUGUCAACGGCAAACUACGCGCACGGGGAAACCCAGGAACGUCCGCUGACACAAGAAGAGGCUCUCGGGUUGGAUGUUAUUUGUGUUAUGGACGUGUGUGUUGCGACACAAGAGUUGCUCGGUGUCUUCGUAUUCCCACGGGAGGAGAUGAAGGAGUGUUUCUCGUCGGCACAGAAUACUGGAGCACAGUCCUUUAUGGUUUACCCUCCGUACGUAAUCCCGCGUCUGAAUUGUCCUGACAAGGUAUCGAAAGCUCGGCGCCAAGCAGAGUUCUACAUUGACGUCAGUUGUCACGACGCUCCAGAAAAAUUACUGAGCAUACUGCACCGUCGACAGGAAGUGAAGCAGAAGUUGGUUCCGGAACUACAAAGCGUGGAGCAGUUGCAGUCAUGA